CCUCUUUCCUUAUAAAUUACCCAGUCUCAGAUAUGUCUUUAUUAGCAGCGUGAGAAUGGACUAAUACAGAUGGCUUCCCUGGAGUUAGACUUGUGGAAGCCACAGUUGGCAAGAGGGUCACAGCAGUAACACUUUCUAAUAUCCCUUAGGGAACACUUCAGAUUUUAGGUUUCAGUCCUUGGAGCAAGCCAAAGAAUAUGUAUCCUAGAGCCAGCAGGCCAAUGAGUCCUAUGCCUGUAGCAAACUAGACAGACAAGUGCUUUAGAAAACCAAGGGGUGGGUAAAGCCCAGCUCAGAACCUGAGACUGCCACUUGGCCCCAGCAGGGACCGGAAGGUGGCCUGGGCCGUUUGGCCAUCAGGUCUUAGGCCACGGUAGAUGUGGAAUGGAGCCGGUAGGCCCCUCUGGCUCUACACUGGCUAAUCUUAUUGGUGCUGAAUUGAGUAAAGAUUAAUAAGUCUUCUGUAGAAAAAAAAAAAAAUGUGGUAGGUUGCUGGCUUGGAGCCCAGAGCAGUUGGAAUUUUGGAGCCCAAAGAGAUCAUGGCAGUUGGUUUUUGGCAACUGGUUUUUGGGAGAAAAGAAACCACAGUUUUGGCUAUAGUUCUAUAUGCCCUGGACAAGGUAGGGUCACCCCUAGAGCCAGAGAUGCAUAAGUGGGGAGAAGUUGUGGGCUGUCAACUUUCAAGACCCUGCCUGAGUGUAGCUUGGGGAAUUUGCAGUAUUCCUUGAGCAGAAGAAAGUAAGCUUGUGACUCACUUUCUCUGAAUGUUUCAUUUCCAACCAAAUGCAUCUCCUUCCCGUGGAGGUGGUGUGGUGAGGGAUGUAGCUGGGGGAGUGAUCUCAGAGGUCAGUGGCCAUCAGCAGAGGGAGAGGUUUGACUUGGAGAAGCAUUUGAUCCACUGAUUAAUUGUGCCUUAAGUCUCAUCCUCUUUUAAGCUAAUUUCAAGGGAAAACACAUUCCACUGAGCUGGUUUAGGGUCGGUUGUCUAGAUUUAUUUCUGCUUUGGAAAGAACAAGAGAUUUUCUCCAUGAAAACAGGAAGAAAACUAUGGCCUUGGAGCUGGCUAGCCCUGGUUCCCCAUUCCUUUCUGUGCUUGGGUUUGAGCAUGCACAGCUACCUUACUGGAGAAUAAAGACCCUCCUGUGCUCACCAUGCUGCGCCCUGGUGCAUACACUUGAACCUGGUUUUCUUCCUUCCCGAGCCAUUUGCAUCUCUAAGAAGCCUGUGGGGCAUGAGCCUUCCCUUCAGCCAGUCUAAUUCUUGGAAGCUUCAACAUCACAAUACCAGUGACUUAGUGUCUGAAAAGGUAAGGAUCAUCCUGGAAUGUGAACGGAAAACAGCAGUCCUGUUCACAAUCAGGAGCCAUUCAGACAUGCCUUAGGGAACUCAACUUUGGCUGCUUCCUGGUCCUUCUUAUACCCCCUAAAUUGUAACAAGUUAGUAACAAAUUAAUCAUCAUGCAAAUGCCCUUUCUCCUUUUGUGUAGUUCUGUGACAUUAGAUGUUAUGGCCCAGGUGAGCCUUCUGUUUAUCUUUUCCCUUCUUUCUUGGCGUCUGCCCGCAUCUGUACUACGUGCAAGCAUGAACCUGAAUUCCUCUACCUAGCCAGACCCAAACACAAAGGGGUAGGCAGACCUGGACUUAAUUCCAGAGCAAGUGAGGAGUGUUGAAGGGGAGGCACGCACCCAGGUGGGAGGGAACACAGAGGAAAAGGUGAUUGGUUGCCUGGGGCUGGGGUGGGCGGGGUCACUUUAGUGAAGUCCGGAAUGCGAGCUGCAGUCUCCAGCGCAGGAGGGGCAUUGCAGGCAAAGGUGCGGAGGCGGCGGAGAUUAACGUGCCAGUGUCAGGUGGACCCACAGCCAUCCCACCGCCCCCUCUGGGAGUGCUGAGAGUGAGGCAGCAUGGAGGAGAGGAAGCAUGAGACCAUGAACCCAGCUCAUGUCCUCUUUGACCGGUUUGUCCAGGCCACCACCUGCAAGGGAACCCUCAAGGCCUUCCAGGAGCUCUGUGACCACCUGGAACUGAAGCCAAAGGACUACCGCUCCUUCUAUCACAAGCUCAAGUCCAAGCUUAACUACUGGAAAGCCAAAGCCCUCUGGGCGAAGUUGGACAAACGGGGCAGUCACAAAGACUACAAAAAGGGAAAAGCAUGCACCAACACCAAGUGUCUCAUCAUUGGGGCUGGCCCCUGUGGUCUCCGUACAGCCAUCGACUUAUCCUUACUGGGGGCCAAGGUGGUUGUUAUUGAGAAACGAGAUGCCUUCUCCCGCAACAACGUCUUGCAUCUCUGGCCAUUCACCAUACAUGAUCUACGAGGUCUGGGUGCCAAGAAGUUCUAUGGCAAGUUCUGUGCCGGAGCCAUCGACCAUAUCAGUAUCCGUCAGCUCCAACUAAUACUUUUGAAAGUAGCCUUGAUCCUAGGCAUUGAAAUCCAUGUCAAUGUGGAAUUCCAAGGACUUAUACAACCUCCUGAGGACCAAGAGAAUGAACGGAUAGGCUGGCGGGCACUGGUGCACCCCAAGACUCAUCCUGUGUCAGAGUAUGAAUUUGAAGUGAUCAUCGGUGGGGAUGGUCGGAGGAACACCUUGGAAGGGUUUCGUCGGAAAGAAUUCCGUGGCAAACUGGCCAUCGCCAUCACCGCAAAUUUUAUCAACCGAAAUACAACAGCAGAAGCUAAAGUGGAAGAGAUCAGUGGUGUGGCUUUUAUAUUCAACCAAAAAUUUUUCCAGGAACUGAGGGAAGCCACAGGUAUUGACUUGGAGAACAUCGUUUACUACAAAGAUGACACACACUAUUUCGUUAUGACAGCCAAAAAGCAGAGUUUGCUGGACAAAGGAGUGAUACUACAUGACUACGCCGACACAGAGCUCCUGCUUUCCCGAGAAAAUGUGGACCAGGAGGCUCUGCUCAGCUAUGCCAGGGAGGCGGCAGACUUCUCCACCCAACAGCAGCUGCCGUCUCUGGAUUUUGCCAUCAAUCACUAUGGGCAGCCCGACGUGGCCAUGUUUGACUUCACUUGUAUGUAUGCCUCCGAGAACGCCGCCUUGGUGCGGGAGCAGAACGGACACCAGUUACUAGUGGCUCUGGUCGGGGACAGCCUCCUAGAGCCUUUCUGGCCAAUGGGAACAGGAAUAGCCCGGGGCUUUCUAGCUGCUAUGGACUCUGCCUGGAUGGUCCGAAGUUGGUCUCUAGGAACAAGCCCUUUGGAAGUGCUGGCAGAGAGGGAAAGUAUUUAUAGGUUGCUGCCUCAGACCACCCCUGAGAAUGUGAGUAAGAACUUCAGCCAGUACAGUAUCGACCCAGUCACUCGGUAUCCCAAUAUCAACGUCAACUUCCUCCGGCCAAGCCAGGUGCGCCAUUUAUAUGAUACUGGUGAAACAAAAGAUAUUCACCUGGAAAUGGAGAGCCUGGUGAAUUCCCGAACCACCCCCAAAUUGACUCGCAAUGAGUCUGUAGCUCGUUCAAGCAAACUGCUGGGUUGGUGCCAGAGGCAGACAGAUGGCUAUGCAGGGGUAAACGUGACAGAUCUCACCAUGUCUUGGAAAAGUGGCUUGGCCCUUUGUGCAAUUAUUCAUAGAUACCGCCCGGACUUGAUAGAUUUUGAUUCUUUGGAUGAGCAAAAUGUGGAGAAGAAUAACCAACUGGCCUUUGACAUUGCUGAGAAGGAGUUGGGCAUUUCUCCCAUCAUGACAGGCAAAGAAAUGGCCUCCGUGGGGGAGCCCGAUAAGCUUUCCAUGGUGAUGUACCUGACUCAGUUCUACGAGAUGUUUAAGGACUCCCUCCCCUCUAGCGACACCUUGGACCUAAAUGCGGAGGAGAAAGCAGUCCUGAUAGCCAGCACCAGAUCCCCUAUCUCCUUCCUAAGCAAACUUGGCCAGACCAUCUCUCGGAAGCGUUCUCCCAAGGAUAAAAAGGAAAAGGACUUGGAUGGUGCUGGGAAGAGGAGAAAGACCAGUCAAUCAGAGGAGGAGGAAGCUCCCCGGGGCCAUAGAGGAGAAAGACCAACCCUGGUGAGCACUCUGACAGACAGGAGGAUGGACGUUGCCGUUGGGAACCAGAACAAAGUGAAGUACAUGGCAACCCAGCUGCUGGCCAAAUUUGAAGAGAACGCACCCGCACAGUCGGUCGGCACACGGAGACAGCUGACACAAGAGCGUGGGGCCAGCCAGCCGUCCAGCUGCCUGCCCGGGCAGGUUCGCCCUGCCCCCACCCCGCAGUGGAAACAGCAACGGGAAAAGGAGUGUUCUCGGACCUGCCCCAAAAAAGUGAUCACCCUGUCUCCUCCCCCUACUCCACCUCCCUGUCGGGCGCAUGGCAGCCAGCAGACAUACAGGGAUCUUGAUGCUGACAACCGUGGCAAGCAGAGCCCCCACCAUGAGAGGCCAGAGCCCGAACCUCCUCGUCGAUUUUUUGUCGACCAGUGGGAGCUUUCUCUUAGUCUCCGCUCCUCUGCCCGCCCCGCCUCUCCCUCCUCCGACUCCCUCCGACAGAAGUAUAUAAAGAUGUACACGGGCGGAGUGAGCUCAUUGGCUGAGCAGAUAGCCAAUCAGCUUCAGAGGAAAGAACCACCCAAAGCCCUUCUAGACAAGAAGGAACUGGGCUCCAUGAAGAAGGAGUUCCCGCAGAACCUGGGAGGCAGCGACACGUGCUACUUCUGCCAGAAGCGGGUCUACGUGAUGGAGAGGCUGAGCGCCGAGGGCAAGUUCUUCCACCGGAGCUGCUUCAAGUGCGAGUACUGCGCCACCACCCUGCGCCUGUCGGCCUACGCCUACGACAUCGAGGAUGGUAAAUUCUACUGUAAGCCACACUACUGCUAUCGACUCUCUGGCUACGCACAAAGGAAGAGACCAGCGGUGGCUCCCCUGUCUGGAAAGGAGGCCAAAGGACCCCUGCAGGAUGGCCCCACCACAGACGCAAACGGACGGGCCAACGCCGUGGCCGGCUCGACUGAGAGAACCCCAGGUUCAGGCGUGAACGGCCUGGAGGAGCCCAGCAUUGCCAAGCGGCUGAGGGGCACCCCAGAGCGGAUUGAGCUGGAGAACUACCGCCUUUCCCUGAGGCAGGCCGAGGCGCUGCAGGAGGUGCCCGAGGAGACUCAGGCCGAGCACAACUUGAGCAGCGUGCUGGACACAGGCGCCGAGGAGGACGUCGCCAGCAGUAGUUCCGAGUCUGAGAUGGAGGAGGAGGAGGACGAGGAGGAGGAGGAGCCUCGCCUGCCCCCCUCUGACCUGGGUGGCGUUCCGUGGAAGGAGGCCGUGCGGAUCCAUGCGCUUCUGAAAGGGAAAAGUGAAGAGGAGCUAGAGGCCUCGAAGAGCUUUGAGCCUGGGAAUGAAGAGGAGGAGGAGGAGGAAGAAUAUGAAGAGGAGGAGGAGGAGGACUAUGACGAGGAGGAGGAAGAGUCCAGUGAAGCCGGGAACCAGAGGCUCCAGCAGGUCAUGCAGGCGGCGGAUCCUCUGGAGAUCCAGGCUGACGUGCACUGGACUCAUAUCCGUGAGAGAGAGGAGGAAGAGAGGAUGGCGCCGGCCUCUGAGUCCUCUGCUUCCAGAGCUCCGUUGGAUGAGAAUGACCUAGAGGAAGAUGUGGACUCGGAACCAGCUGAGAUAGAAGGGGAGGCAGCAGAGGAUGGGGACCCAGGAGACACUGGUGCUGAGCUGGAUGAUGAUCAGCACUGGUCUGACAGCCCAUCGGAUGCUGACAGAGAGCUGCAUUUGCGGCACGCAGCUGAGGGGGCAGCAGAGCCGGAGCUGAGGGUAUCAGAAGAUGAGGAGAAGCUGCCCGCCUCACCGAAGCACCAAGAGAGAGGUCCCUCCCAAGCCACCAGCCCCAUCCGGUCUGCCCAGGAAUCAGCUCUUCUGUUCACUCCAGUCCACAGCCCCUCAACAGAGGGGCCCCGACUCCCACCUGUCCCUGCCGCCACCCGGGAGACAUUACCUGAGGAUCGCCUUUUCCCUGAGCCUUUGCUCCCCAAAGAGAAGCCCAAAGCUGAUGCCCCCUCAGAUCCGAAAGCUGUGCACUCUCCCAUCCGAUCGCAGCCAGUAGCCUUGCCAGAGGCCAGGACUCCGGCCUCACCAGGGAGCCCGCAGCCCCGGCCGCCCGUGGCAGCCUCCACGCCCCCACCCAGCCCACUCCCCAUCUGCUCCCAGCCCCAGCCUUCCACCGAGGCCACUGUCCCCUCCCCUACCCAGUCCCCCAUACGCUUCCAGCCUGUCCCAGCCAAAACAUCCACCCCACUGGCCCCUCUCCCUGUCCAAAGCCAAAGUGACACCAAGGACAGGCUGGGCAGCCCCCUUGCUGUGGACGAGGCCCUCAGAAGGAGUGACCUGGUGGAGGAGUUCUGGAUGAAGAGCGCGGAGAUCCGCCGCAGCCUUGGGCUCACCCCUGUGGACCGCAGCAAGGGGCCUGAGCCCAGCUUCCCCACGCCUGCCUUCAGGCCAGUGUCCCUCAAAUCCUAUUCCGUUGAAAAGUCCUCCCAGGAUGAGGGACUCCACCUUCUCAAGCCUCUGUCUGUCCCCAAAAGGCUGGGCCUGCCAAAGCCAGAGGGCGAGCCUUUGUCCCUGCCAACCCCCCGGUCCCCGUCGGACAGAGAGCUGCGGAGCGCCCAGGAGGAGCGCAGGGAGCUGUCCAGCAGCUCUGGCCUGGGCCUGCACGGGAGCUCCUCCAACAUGAAGACACUGGGCAGCCAGAGCUUCAACACCUCGGACUCCGCCAUGCUCACGCCACCCUCCAGCCCGCCCCCGCCCCCGCCGCCGGGUGAGGAGCCCGCCACCUUGCGGAGGAAGCUCAGGGAGGCCGAGCCCAGCGCCUCGGUGGUCCCGCCGCCCUUGCCCGUCACGUGGAUGCGGCCCCCCCGGGAGCCUGCUCAGCCCCCCAGAGAGGAGGUGCGGAAGUCUUUUGUGGAGAGCGUGGAGGAGAUCCCCUUCGCUGACGACGUGGAAGACACCUACGACGACAAGACUGAGGACUCAAGCCUGCAGGAGAAGUUCUUCACGCCCCCGUCCUGCUGGCCGCGCUCGGAGAAGCCUCCCCACCUGCCCCUGGGCAAGGAGAACGGGAGGCUGCCUGCUCGGGAGGGGGCGCUGCAGCCACAGAAGAGGGGGCUGCCCUUGGUCUCCGCGGAAGCCAAGGAGUUGGCCGAGGAGCGCAUGCGAGCCCGAGAGAAGUCCGUGAAGAGCCAGGCGCUGCGGGACGCCAUGGCCAGGCAACUGAGCAGGAUGCAGCAGAUGGAGCUGGCCACGGGCGCCCCCAGGCCCCGCAAGGCAUCCUCAGCACCCUCCCAGGGCAAGGAGCGCCGGCCCGACUCCCCCACACGUCCCACUCUCAGGGGCUCCGAGGAGCCCACCCUGAAGCAUGAAGCCAUCAGCGAGGAGGUCCUCUCCGCGCCGUCGGACUCGGGGGGCCCAGAUGGCUCUUUCACUUCAUCCGAGGGCUCCAGUGGGAAGAGCAAGAAGAGGUCAUCACUCUUCUCCCCCCGCAGAAACAAGAAGGAGAAGAAGUCCAAAGGCGAGGGCCGGGCCCCAGAGAAGCCCAGCCCCAACCUCCUGGAGGAAGCUGCCACCAAACCCAAGUCCCUGUGGAAGUCGGUCUUCUCUGGAUACAAGAAGGACAAGAAGAAGAAGGCCGACGACAAGUCCUGCCCCAGCACCCCCUCCAGCGGGGCCACGGUGGACUCUGGCAAGCACAGGGUGCUUCCCGUCGUAAGGGCAGGGGUUCUCAGGAGCCGUGCUGACCUAGAGAAGGGACUGAACCAUGGGUUCACAGGGCAUAGCCCGCUGCGUAGCAGAGUUCUCAAAGCCAGCUUGAAACUGUAUCAGGAAGACUAUGGAGAGCUGCAGCUCCGGCGCCAGCUAAGCUUCUCCGAGGACUCAGACCUCUCCAGUGAUGAUGUCCUUGAGAGGUCCUCGCAGAAGUCACGGCGAGAGUCGAUUUAUGUACCACACGCCUUGGCAUUCAGGAGAUCACAUGCAUCAAAGCCAAGAACCUACACAGAGGAGGAACUGAAUGCCAAGCUGACCCGGCGCGUGCAAAAGGCAGCUCGGAGACAGGCCAAGCAGGAGGAGCUUAAGCGGCUGCAUCGAGCCCAGAUCAUCCAGCGGCAGCUGCAGCAGGUGGAGGAGAGGCAGCGGCGGCUGGAGGAAAGGGGCGUGGCUGUGGAGAAGGCGCUCCGGGGCGAAGCAGACUAUUGGGGAGAGUCUUAUUACAGUGACCUCAUCGACUUGCAUCUGGGUGUUGAGCCCAGUGGCGGGACUCCACGACGUAGACCUCUCUCCUUCUGCCCUUGCUGUGUCCAGGAAGGCAUGGGCAAGAAGGACGACCCCAAGCUGAUGCAGGAGUGGUUCAAGCUAGUGCAGGAGAAGAACGCCAUGGUGCGCUACGAGUCGGAGCUGAUGAUCUUUGCCCGGGAGCUGGAGCUGGAAGACCGGCAGAGCCGACUGCAGCAGGAGCUCCGGGAACGCAUGGCAGUGGAAGAUCACCUUAAGACUGAGGAGGAGCUGUCUGAAGAGAAGCAGAUUCUCAAUGAGAUGCUGGAGGUGGUGGAGCAGAGAGACUCACUGGUGGCGCUGCUGGAGGAGCAGCGGCUCCGGGAGAGAGAGGAGGACAAGGACCUGGAGGCUGCCAUGCUGUCCAAGGGCUUCAGCCUUAACUGGUCCUGAGCUCACACCCAACGCUCCAUUUUCUGUUGGCAUCCGCCUGGCCGGGUAGUGGCCUCCAAACCACCUGGAGCCGCGAUCUGAGGAGGCCUGGCACCUCCUUGGAGUUUACGCUCAGAUGCCCGUGUGCUGCUUGGAAAGUGGUCGAGUCCCGCGUGCAGUGGGGAGCCCCAGGGGACAGUGGUUAUCUGAGAUGGCGCCACCUCCUGGGAGGAGGCCCACCUGGACCUGCCGCUCAGAGGAGGAGCACGGUGCGUAUGGCAUGACGCAGGGGACCACCCCGCACGCCCCCUGAGGAUGUGCCGGCUGUGCCCCUUUCUUCCACUGGCACAUUUGGUAAGGGAGGGAAGCUGCUCCCGUCAGAACCACAGUGCGCCACCACAGCCUGCGAGGGGCACUGUCUUCUUCAUGCUCCCUGGAGCACCACCAAAGAGACGUACACAGUACCCCACGAAAGCAGGGUGCGAUUGAGACCCGGGAUGGGGAGGUGUCCAGUCAUGCCCACCCCAGCAUCACAGGAGACACGGAGGUGUGGGCAGGCUCCGGAAUUGAUUAUGCAAAUUAGGAGGACACAGGCGGGAUCCGCUCUCCCGCCGAACACCACACACUGGACCCUAAGUGGCCAAAUGCCGGGGCCUCUCGCUGGCUGCGGCCUGAGGCCUGUGGGUUGCUGCAUUUUGCUUGUAGUUCACCACCAUUUUGACACUGGAAAAUGCUGACUUUGGGGGACAGGAUGAGGCCCUACAUUCUGCACCCCCAGUUGGCAGACAGGCAUUGUCCCUGUUCCACAUUGAUGUCGGGGCAGGAGGCGGCCUCUUCCUCGGUGUUUUUCCUGUGUUUGCACAUUGAAAUGAAGCUGACAACCUGGCAGGACACUCAGCCGCUUCAAACCCUUUUUGUCAAUUAACUUAUUUUUUUAAUACUUGAAAAGAAGUAACUUGGUUUGUAUAUCUUUACUAGAGACACUGAUCACUUGAUGCCCGGGUGCGGGAGCCACAGCGGCGUCUGCUGCGUCCCACGCAGCCUGGUCCGGGGCUGCCCAGCGCUCGCCACGUGCAUCUAUUUAUUAGCCUUUCUCUUCGUAUCACUGGCCUGGCUGGCAUCAGGGAGCUGCCCAGGACCCCCGUUGGGUCCUGCUCACAGCUUUCUGUCCCCUCCUGCACCUGGUGCCUGCCUCACCCUGGUCUGGACCGCUCACGUGAUGAGGGGGCAUCUCCGUUCUGUUUUGGACCAAGCUAACAGCAGAGCUGCCACUCUCACCCUCCCGAUGAGAAUUCUGGCUCUGCAGAACUCACCCUUUUCUCAGUUUGGGUGCCAGGGCAUCACCUUCCUCCACACGUGUGUUAAAGAAGGUUUCAGGAUGGGCCCUCGUCCACACUGGCCAAGAGGGUGCAGGGUGGGACCCUGGAAUCGUGGCUGGUGAAGUCCCUCCUCCCAGCCUAAGAUUCACCCAGACGGAAACGCGAGAGCUGUAGUGGAUGCUGGGAUGCAGGCUGGCCUCUCUCGAGCAGAUAAGAGACUCCCACCCUCCCUCCCUCCCUCCCAAGGGCGACGAGCACCUGCCUUGUGCCGGAUCUUCAUGGGGCCAUAAAGGGUGGCAAGCCCCGAAUCACUAGCUCCUAUAGCCAAACCGUUCCUUUCUCACGGUUCUGCACCAGCCUGGCUGUGUACAGCUCAUCAAGCCACUGAGCUAAUCGGGGGUGGGGUCCUUGUCCAUCAAAGCAGUUAGCGCAUAGUCCAGCCAGGAGCCCCCCGGGCUAGACCCACCUGCCCCUAGGGGUGCUUCAGCCGCCUGCCGCCUCCCUGGGCUGGGGCCAGCUGGGAGCAGAGGCCUGGCGCCUCCAAGGCAUCCCGUAGCGGAGCAGCCCGAGGGGCUGUGCUGACCUUGGGCUUUCCAUGGGAACCACACUGUGCCUCAACUUGAACAUUCAUCCCAACUGCAAAGGAGCAAAGAACCUGUGUCAUCCCUGUCCGGAAGCUGCCAUCUCUCUCCCGUGCACAUCCAGGAAGUACGCUGCUAGUGGCCGCCAUAGCUCUGAUUCUCCUCCACCUGCUCUCACGUGAGGCAAAGGUCUCCUUUUCUCUACUUAAAAAAGGGGAGAGGAGGGUUCCUAGAUUCCAUCUUCAAACCCCAGUCUUCCCAUAAAAUUGGAUGUGGGAAAAGACCUUCACUGCGGUGUGGCCUGUCCCAGACCUCUCCUAUCGAAGGCCACAAAACCAGUCCAGGCCCGGCAGAGCCGCCUUUGGCCCUUGUAGCUCCUGCUGGCCCCACAACGGGGAAGCAGUUUGCAAAGUGGCUCGGAAGGAGUGUGGCCUAGGAAUCUGCUACAAGUGGCUGGGUGUAGCAGGAGAGCCCAGCGUCACCUCCUGGUCCUGGUCAGCCUUAACACUGUGGCAUCCUCCGCAGCACACACAGCGGCCUGCAGUCUGGAAAGCGGACCUGAGCCUUUGCAGAAAGGCGCCAUGGAGCCGCAGGCCCGCACAGCAGCCCCAGCCUCCCACUCCUGACUGUGAGGACAUCAGUUCUAGGAGAGCACUUUCUUUAAAGCUCCCAUUUUGUAACCACUCGUUUGCAGUUGACUUGAGUACUCUGGUGACUUGCUGCGUGAAGCGAUCUCCAGGCAGGUUUUCUUUCCAAGAGUUAAGUCUUCCCUUGAAGGCAGGGAAGCAGGAUGGAUACACAUGUAUCAUACACAUAAAGUACCAGGCGCAGGAGCAGCCCGAACUCGAGGCUGACUAAACUGGAGGCUGCACUGUGGAGGUCUGCAUGCAGCCUCCCUGGAGGGCAGGGAGGGGGCGCUCCCGCCCCUGGGCUUGAGGGUGCCGCUCCCCAUGGGCUUCCAGGCCUGCCCAGGUGAUGCCUUCAGGCCUUUGCCCCUGGCGGCCAUCCUCAGGCCGAUUUUGACCAGCAAUGAUAGACUCUUCUUAACCCUUUCAAAAAAUUUUUUUCAGUGGGACAGGAAGGAGAGUUAAAAAACAUUUUUUUAAAGGUGGUAACAUCUGACCCAUGAAGGGUAUGGGUCUGUUUUACGCUAAAUAAACGUUUUUCAAA